CGGCGCUGGUGCUGAUUCAUCACCUAAAGCUCCUCGCAGGCCACCGUGAGGGCAGCCGACCCGCUUCGGACUCUGGCCGCAGGUUGAAGCCGCCGGUGCGGUAGCCUCGCGGGCAAGAGGUGAGGACCCCCUCCCUUCUCUCGCCCCCCUAUCAUCUUAGGGCGGUGGCCACAGGACAGAGAGAGGGGCGUGCCCCUCGGCUGUGAAGUGGGCAUGCCCGUGUGAUGCCCCCGCCCGCCGUCUCACCGGGGCGCACCACGCUGGUCCUCCUCCGCCAGUCUCCCGAGCUCCGUCCAUUCAUCCCCAGCGCAGAGCAGCGCGGGCAGCCGGUGCCGCGAUGGAGGAAGAGCUGAAGUGUCCCGUGUGCGGCUCUCUGUUUCGGGAGCCUAUCAUCCUGCCCUGUUCCCACAAUGUCUGCCUGCCUUGCGCUCGCACCAUCGCGGUGCAGACCCCGGACGGCGAGCAGCACCUGCCCCAGCCGCUCCUGCUUUCCCGGGGCUCGGGGCUGCAGGCGGGCGCCGCCGCUACUCCCACUCUGGAGCACGACGCGGCGGCGGGCCCGGCCUGCAGCGGUGCGGGUGGGAGUGCAGCUGGCGGCCUCGGCGGCGGUGCGGGAGGUGGUGGAGACCACGCGGACAAGCUGAGCUUGUACAGCGAGACAGACAGCGGCUAUGGGUCCUACACCCCGAGCCUCAAGUCCCCCAAUGGGGUUCGCGUGCUGCCCAUGGUGCCUGCACCACCCGGCUCCUCCGCCGCCGCGGCUCGGGGUGCCGCCUGCUCCUCGCUGUCCUCGUCUUCGAGCUCCAUCACGUGCCCGCAGUGCCACCGCAGUGCCUCCCUGGACCACCGCGGCCUGCGCGGCUUCCAGCGAAACCGGCUGCUUGAGGCCAUCGUGCAGCGGUACCAGCAGGGCCGCGGGGCCGUGCCGGGGGCGUCUGCAGCCGCGGCGGUGGCCAUCUGCCAGCUGUGCGACCGCACCCCGCCAGAGCCAGCAGCCACGCUCUGCGAGCAGUGCGACGUCCUUUACUGCGCUGCCUGCCAGCUCAAGUGCCAUCCAUCCCGGGGACCCUUCGCCAAGCAUCGCCUGGUGCAGCCGCCGCCGCCGCCGGCGCCCGCCGAGGCAGCCUCUGGGCCCACUGGCGCCGCCCAGGGCGCCCCCAGCGGAGGCAGCGGCUGCAAGAGCCCGGGAGGCGCGGGGGCUGGGGCGACUGGGGGCAGCACGGCCCGCAAGUUCCCCACGUGUCCCGAGCAUGAAAUGGAGAACUACAGCAUGUACUGCGUGAGCUGUCGAACCCCGGUGUGCUAUUUGUGCCUGGAGGAGGGCCGGCAUGCCAAGCACGAGGUGAAGCCGCUGGGGGCCAUGUGGAAGCAGCACAAGGCACAACUAUCUCAGGCCUUAAAUGGAGUUUCGGAUAAGGCAAAGGAAGCAAAGGAGUUUCUGGUUCAGCUGAAGAACAUAUUGCAGCAGAUCCAGGAAAACGGACUGGACUACGAAGCCUGCCUGGUUGCUCAGUGUGAUGCCCUUGUGGAUGCUUUAACUCGUCAGAAAGCCAAGCUGCUCACCAAGGUGACAAAGGAGAGGGAACACAAGUUGAAGGUGGUUUGGGACCAGAUCAAUCACUGCACACUGAAGCUGCGUCAGUCCACCGGACUGAUGGAGUACUGCCUGGAGGUGAUCAAGGAGAACGACCCCUCGGGGUUCUUACAGAUCUCAGAUGCUCUGAUCAAACGCGUCCAGGUGUCUCAGGAGCAGUGGGUCAAAGGCGCCCUGGAGCCAAAAGUGUCUGCGGAGUUUGAUCUGACCUUGGACAGCGAGCCGCUGCUGCAGGCCAUCCACCAGCUGGACUUCAUUCAGAUGAAAUGUAGGGUGCCACCCGUCCCCCUACUCCAGCUGGAGAAAUGCUGCACCCGCAACAACAGCGUCACGCUGGCCUGGAGGAUGCCACCCUUCACCCACAGCCCUGUGGACGGCUACAUCCUGGAGCUGGACGAUGGCGCCGGGGGGCAGUUCCGGGAAGUGUACGUCGGUAAGGAGACUUUGUGUACCAUCGACGGUCUUCACUUCAACAGCACCUACAACGCCCGAGUCAAAGCUUUCAACUCGUCUGGUGUCGGGCCUUACAGUAAAACUGUCGUCCUGCAGACGUCCGAUGUGGCCUGGUUCACAUUUGACCCCAACUCUGGGCAUCGGGACAUCAUUUUAUCCAACGACAACCAGACAGCCACCUGCAGCAGCUAUGAUGACCGGGUGGUGCUGGGCACAGCUGCGUUCUCCAAGGGUGUGCACUACUGGGAGCUGCACGUGGACCGGUACGACAACCACCCAGACCCCGCCUUCGGGGUGGCCAGGGCCAGCGUGGUCAAGGACAUGAUGCUGGGCAAGGAUGACAAGGCCUGGGCCAUGUAUGUGGACAACAACCGCAGCUGGUUCAUGCACUGCAACUCCCACACCAACAGGACGGAAGGCGGCGUGUGCAAGGGGGCCACCGUGGGCGUGCUGCUGGACCUGAAUAAGCACACCCUCACUUUCUUCAUCAACGGGCAGCAGCAGGGCCCCACAGCCUUCAGCCACGUGGACGGGGUCUUCAUGCCAGCCCUCAGCCUCAACCGCAAUGUGCAGGUCACCCUGCACACAGGAUUGGAAGUGCCGACUAACCUGGGGCGGCCAAAGCUGUCAGGCAAUUAGCUCCGCUCCAGCUUGGCACUGCGCCUGUGACACUGACAUUCACAGGCAAAAUGCCCACCAUUCUCACUAAGCUCAAAUAACCCACAAAAGCAGGAUAUGCAAGUCAUGGGUACAACCUGGCAGCGUGGAAUGUCAUAGAAACAUUUUCUUGGGGGCACGGGGAAUGGGUCCACGGGCCAUGCUCACAGCUGCCACUGUCAGUGGCAAAGGCGGGUACGUGUGUCACCCUUAUUCCACCCAGACGUUACGAACGCUCGCCAAGAAGGACCUUUCUCAAGGGAGUCAGCAUUCGGGCUUCAAGUCUGUGUUUCCUGCCAGCUGUUUUCAAAGCUUGUCUUUUUUUGGAGGGAGAAGAAGGUAGACUUUGAGACUGGCCUCCUGAGAGUGGCAGUCAGGAGCUGCGCUGUAAUCCCACACCCCGGAUGUUGGCCCUCUGCGGGGACCCUGCCUCCUCAGAGUCCCAAGACUGCAGAUUCUCAUCAUGCUGAGAAAGUUAUCUUCUAGCUUCUUGGUCCUAGAGUCUUUAGUAGUGCCUGCCACUCGCAGACCCAAUGCAGGAUUGAUAGAAAGGGAUAUUAAUCAUUCUUGCUAGACUUUUGCCUCUCUCACUGAAGUGUUGAGAACCUUUUAAAAUGGCUUCCUUUAUUAGUCAGCCAAUUGUGUUCUCUCUCUCUCUUUUCCUCCCUCCUUCAUUUCUUCUCCCUCCCUCCUUCUCUCUCUUUUCUUCUCUCUCUCCUU